AUGGCGUUUCGAGAAGUCCAAAGCCUGCGCAGCCUUCACCACCUUCCGCAGCGGCGAUGGUACACUCCGCCAUCGAGGCGCACAUGGUCCAAGCAGCACUAUCGGAUCAGAACUCCUCGUCCAAUGACCGACAGGUUCGAUCUGUCCAGGGUGCAGCCGCAGAAGGAGUGGUGGCGAGAGCGGCGAGUGGCUCCUGCCACCUUCUUCGGUUUCCCAGACGUCACCAAGGCUGGCAUGAGAGGUGGAAGCAUGUAUACAGAGCAGAUGGACGCGGUCACCCUCGCCGUGCUGGCAGAUAAAUGUGUUCAGGAGAAUGUUUGGGAUCCCGAACUGUGGCUGAAGUUUUCCUGGCGUGCGCAGCAGCUUUCAACUCGUACGGAGGAGCCUGACCUUUGCUACAUCUUCCGAGCUUUUGCUCGUGCAGAUUGGUUCGACCAGAAUCUGUUGACAACUUAUCUUGGAAGACUGCACCGAAGGUUGCCGCAGUUUCAGCUGCCGGAUGUGGCUGUGCUCCUGGAAGCGUUUGAGAACCCGCGUUUCAGGCAAGGAGAAUAUUUACAGAGGAGUUUGACGCACAUGGCGUUGCUGCUGCAGCAUCGUGAUGAUGCAGCUGUUGAGGAUUUGGCAAGAACAUGUGUCGCUUUGCGCAAUCUUCAUCCACAACCCGCAGACAUCUCUGUCGAGGUGCAAGCCGGCUUGCUCCUCUUGGCCGAGAUUCAAACUGCAAGCAUCUUCCAAGCAUUCUGCAGCCUUCCAUCACCCGCAGCCGCCAUGCAUAUGCAUGUGGGACGGCUGCGUCCCAAGGAGAAGCCACGCAGGUCGCUGCUGAGCUUGUUGGGAAGAUUGUGGGGCACCAAAGCGACUUCGUCAUCACCCAGACCUUCCGGGUCGUCCGACCCAGAGGCGAGCCUGCCAAGCUUGCGGGCCGACGCUCCUCCAGCAGAACAUGCGACAACUCCCCAGGAUUCUGCAGAAGAUCAGCGGCGCUUGCCAAGACCGAGACGAAGACUGAGCGGGUCUCUUUCUGGCCAUGGUCUUGGUCCAGGUCGUCUCAAGCUACGGCUUCCAAGAGCCAAGGCUCGCAAGCAGCGGCAGAAGUCAGAGGCCCUGGCAAGAGAUGCCUUGAGAAGCAAAGACUUCUCCUUCGAGACCAUCGUGCGAGUUCUGGAGGCUGUCCACUUUCCGAUGAACAAGACUCGCAAGAAUGUUCUACCGGAUGGAGUGGAAGCGGUGCAUGGCAUGGUUCUCGGACUCUAUGCAUUCGCUUAUAACAUCGGCUACAGCGAUGCAUCCAAGAAGAAUCCCAGCUUGGUGCGUCUCCUGUCAGCCUUCUGUCGAGCUGCCCACCCUGACUUCGAGUUCACAUCCAUUCAGGUGAACAAGAACUACGCCGCCAGGCCGCAUGUCGACAAGAACAAUCUUGGCAACAGCUUCAUAAUUGGUUUGGGCAACUACAAGGGUGGGGAGCUUUGGGCUCACGACGAUGAGGGCGACGUCCCAGUUGAUCUCACUGAGAGCAUCCGAAGCAUGCUUCACUACCGAGCAGGAGUCACCUACAGGGGCCGCACCUUCGACAUCAAUUGUCGCUGGCAAAGCUUCGAUGGCAAUCGCUUACAUUGUGCAAGGCCCUUUGAGGGAACCCGGUACAGCUUAGUCUUUUACACAUGUGAUCGUUUCCAGCAAGCUUCGCAAGGUGUUCGGAGUGCCAUGUGCAGUGCCGGCUUCACUUUCAAGUGGUCGAGCAUGAGACUACAGGAUGCUCUCAGUGCAAAGAACGAAGAGCGAAAGCGAUGCCGGGAUGAGUUUGAGAUCGAGCAGAAGGCUUUAGUCCGUGAGGAGAGGCGCCGAGAGAAGGAAGAAUUGGGCCCUUGCAUGGCCCGCACCUGGAACAAGGGCUGGGGCGGCGACUGCGCCAACCCCAAGCACGUCGACGGUGGCGACUUCUGUCAGCAACAUCUAAAGGUUUGGAGGACGCACGGCCGAGUGGACGGACCGGUCCCGGAAAAGAAGCGGGCCGAGAUGCUGAAAUGGCAAAAGAUCCACGUCGGCAAGGGCGUGCAAGCACCAGAUCCUCUUCCCAGGGGUGCAGUGAUUUUGCUUCCGGCCAACUGA